CGCAGCCAGGGCUGGACCUGGGCUGGCUGGGAGGCCAGUGGGUCAGUUCUGCUGCUCAGCGAGCCCUCGGUGCUGCGAGAUGGAGACCAUCGAAGGGCUGAUGCUGGAGGUGGCUGCUGGCAGGAGUGUGGGCAUUGAGAUAAGCAACAAGACCAGGAGCACCCUUGAAAACCCCAGGACACACUGUUUCAGUGGCCAUGAUCUGGUUAAGCCAGAGAACUCCAUCCCCCCUGGCAAAUCGGGGAGCUGCGUGUUUGUGAAAACGAGCUACUCGGCCCGCGGGAGCGUGGGGGUGCUGAGCUACAAGUCCGAUGCCUUCACCCUGGCCGUCAUGUUCUCCAACCCCUUCGACCGCGUCCUCUACAACUCGGAGUUUGCCAUCGAGCUCUUCGCGGGCAGGAAGCACUUUGAGAGCAUGGAGCGUCUCUACCAGUAUAUGUACAACCACGGCCCGCCCUAUAAGUGCGAGUCCUUUGAGAGAGUGGAGCUUGAGAUGCUGGAUGGCGAGCUAGUGGUGACCAACCAGGGGAUCCAGGCAACAGCCACCGUGUCCAACAAGGAUAAGGCCACCAUUAAAGUGGAGAUUAAGGGAAAAGAUGAUCACACAGACAGCCCAAGCAACCCAGGGAAAUGGCCCAUGUGACAGACCAGAGUGGUAACUAGUGACUCCCAGCCUGAGCAGACAGUGCUGUGCUAACUCUGCUCAAGUGAGUGCACUAAAAACAGCCAGAGCCAUGUGGGUGCACAUGCCACGGUGCUGUUUGUAGUGCACUGGUGCAUGUCUGUCUACCCAUGUUCCCUCUAUUUUUUAACAUCCAUGUGAGGAAUAAAAGUGGUUGGUAUGCACCGAGGCAUGUGCACAUGUGCACCCUCAGUAGAAAUGGAAGCCAAGCUGUGGGUGCUCUGCUAAUCAGCUGGGUGGCUCCUGAAUCUCUCCGGGGCAACCCCUCAGUGCACAGCUUCCAGGAAUCUGCUGUCUACCCAGGCUGGGAAGUCUCCAGGCAUCCAGAGGUUGCCAUCAUUUUAUAAAGGAGGUUUUUUUCUUGCUUUUGCUAUAACUUCAGAUAUAAUAGGCAUAUGGAAACCCGA